AUUAGCCCAUCCAAUGGUUCUAGAGCUACCGUGUUUCUAAUUCCUGCCCUGCCGCUAUGGAGUAAUUUUGCGGCAACCGAAGCUGAAUUCAUGUUGAACGCCGUAGAGCAAGCCUUAGACGGAGAACGGAGACCGUCCGAUCAGCGCCGGGACGACCAACAGUCUCAAGAAUGGGAGACUAUGGCUCGAGCCUGGCUCUGCGCCUUCCCUGAAGCAAAAGCGGUGAGCGUGAGCCAAGUCGAAGCCUGGAUCGACUCCAACCACAGCUCGCUACCGGCCGGCCUCCAAUCCAUGCCUCGAUCGGAUCUCAUCGAUAAGUUCCUCUCCAUCCAAAAUUACAUGAGAAUGCCUUCUCAGCCGGAAAAAGAAUUUAGUCAGGUGGACAAUCAUCCAGCUCGAUUUCAACGCACUGAUCAGUGGAUACCAGUUUAUUCAUGGUUAGAGUCUUUGGACACAGAUGAAGUGGUGAAAUCUAAAGAUAUAUCUGAUUGGUUAAAUGAGAAUCCAACAGUCAAAGAAGACUUAUGCGCUAGACAUUCUCGAUAUCAUUUGAUGCAUUACAUCAAAAAGUGCCAUUUGAAAAUACUAAGGAGGAAGGAAAGGAAGGUUGGCUUGCAGCCAUCUAACAGGGAAAGUGUUUUGAAAGUUCAGAAGGAUGUGGUUACAAAGCAACCAGCAACUCUUCCCAGCAAUCCUCUCAGUAAUUUACCUAAAGACAGUGAUCUCUAUGUGGCAAAAAAAAAUGAAGCUUUACGCAAAUACAAGAUCUUGCUGGAGUUGGAGAAGAAGCUUAGCCCCAUGUUCUCCAGGUAGGAAUGAAUGCAUCUUCAAAAAGCAAAUAUCUGCCCCGACAGAGUCAGCUACCAUAGGGCUGCUAAUGCAUUCGUUUAUCCUUCAUCAUUUUUGUAGAUGAUUAGACAGCGUUUAUUCUCUUUUCAAUGCCAUGCAUGCGUUUCACUCAUGUCUUGUGUAGUUAUAUUCAUCUGAUGAAUAGAUCAAGCCUUUGAUGUCAUAUCUUUUUGAACCCCAGAAGUUCCUUUACACACUGUUCUUGUAGAAGUUGUUUACGCUUGACACGCUAACAGAAAAGAGGCGCACUUGUCGGGUUGACCAGUUGGAUCAACAGCACAGAAGCUACUGAUUUUCCCGAAGCAUUUCUGGCAAUUUUUGGGGCAUUUGACAUCAUCAGCACAUCCGCCGGAGUUUCUGCCUUGUUGAGGAGUUGCUGUCAGCUGUAUUUUUAUGAGUUCGGGUUAUCUCUUUGUGAUCUUUCACAGUUUGUAUGUAUGGGCCAAGUACAAGGCUAACGAAAAGGUGGAUGGUAAGAAAAAUUAAUAAAAAAGUACUAAGAGAAUAAUAUUAAUGAGCUGUGUGAUGUGUCCAUUUUGCUGUUAGUAGUUUUUGUCAUGUUGUAUAUAUUGAGACUAUUUGUAAGGGUUUGGAGUACUCAUUUUACUCCCUUUAAUACAUUUUAUUUAAAAAA